AUGUCUUCUUCAAACUUCUACCUUUUUUCUUUAGCUCUACUAAUCAUUCCACUCUCAGUCAUACCGAAUUUUGCUUGUGCUUCUUUGGAGGAAGCAAAUGCUCUUCUUAAAUGGAAAGCAAGCCUUCAAAUCCCAAACAACUCCUUGGUUUCUUCAUGGCUCCCUAUAAAUUCCAGUACAUCGGCUCCAUCUCCAUGCUCUUCUUGGUUGGGAAUAAUUUGCAAUGCUGACGGGAGCAUUCAAACGUUGAACCUCACAUCAUCAGGAAUAAAUGGUACACUUCACCAAUUUCCAUUCUCUUUGUUACAAAAUCUUACCAAAUUUGAGCUCAGUGUAAACAACUUCUUUGGCCCGAUCCCACCAGAAAUCCAGCUCCUGUCCAAACUUGUCUAUCUUGACUUUUCAGCAAAUAAAUUUUCUGGAGCAAUCCCACAUCGGAUAGGGAUGUUAGCCAGCCUUGAAACCCUCCACCUGAAUGAAAAUAACUUGAGUGGUUCAAUACCACAAGAGAUCGGUCAAUUAACCUCUCUCUAUAUGCUUGCAUUGUAUGAUAAUUCUCUUGAAGGAGAAUUACCUCCAUCAUUGGGAAAUUUGAAAAACUUGGCUUAUCUUUAUCUCGAUAACAAUAAGCUUUCGGGUCCAAUUCCUCAAGAGUUUGGACAACUUGUCAAUCUUGUGGAGGUCUAUAUCACUCAUAAUUCACUUCAUGGUCCCAUCCCAAAAGAAAUAGGAAAUCUGAAAAAGCUAACUAUCUUGUACCUUUUUCAAAACCAUCUAAAUGGUUCAAUCCCACAAGAAAUAGGAAGCAUGGUUUCACUUGAGCGCCUAAGCCUCUUCUCAAACAAUCUGUCUGGCUCAAUCCCCUCAUCAUUGGGUGAGUUGACAUCUUUGAAUCUCCUCCAUUUGUACAAAAAUCAACUCUCUGGUCAUAUUCCUGUCGAACUUGGGAAUUUGAAGUCUCUCACUGAUCUCGAGGUGAGUGAAAAUAAUCUUAGUGGCCCAAUUCCUUCAUCACUAGAGAACCUAAGCAACCUACAAUAUCUUUCCAUCCGUGACAAUAAAUUAUCUGGGAAUAUACCACAAGGAUUGGGAAGUCUAGAUUUGGUUGAGCUAGAAAUGGACACAAAUCAAUUGUCCGGUCAUUUGCCCAAAGAUUUGUGCCAUGGGGGAAACCUUAUAAAUUUAUCACUACAUGGUAAUCAGCUCACAGGUCCUAUUCCAAAAGGCUUAAGGAAUUGUCGUAGCCUAAUGAGAGCUUUCUUUGAUGACAAUCAAUUCACCGGAGAUAUAUCGAAAAGCUUUGGGGUCUAUCCAAGCUUAGUUUACCUUGAUCUCAGUCACAAUAAGUUUCACGGGCAGCUUUCUGAAAACUGGAGUAAAUGCAAGAAUUUGACAGCCUUAAGGAUAGCAUAUAACAACAUCAGUGGUAGCAUUCCACCUGAGUUUGGAAAUUCAACUCAACUCCGCAGACUUGAUCUUACUUCAAAUCUUAUUGUUGGGGAGAUCCCUAAGGAGAUUGGGAAGAUGAAAAGUAUGUUGUAUUUGUCCUUGGCUGAUAACCAACUUUCAGGUAUUAUACCUAAUGAGCUCGGAUCACUGCGUGAUCUUAUUGCUCUCGAUCUGUCCACAAAUAGAUUGAAUGGGUCGAUACCAAGAAAUAUUGGUGACUGGACACACAUGUAUUACUUAAAUCUUAGUAAUAACAAAAUCAGUGAAAAAAUUCCGUCUGAGAUAGGUAAAGUAAGUCAACUGACAACACUUGAUCUUUCUCACAAUAGACUAUCAGGGUCUAUUCCUGAUGCUUUUGAAAAGUUACUUAGUGUGAUUGAUAUCGAUUUGUCUUACAAUGAGCUCACAGGUCCAGUUCCCCCUUAUGCAAUCUUUGUCAAUGCAUCAAUACAAGUAUUUCAAGGCAAUCCGGGUUUGUGUGGAAAUGUUACUGGGCUAAAGCUUUGUCCAAGUCAAAAUUUGAUGAAGAAAACAGAUCCCCUUCAUCAAAAGCUCGUCAUUGUAAUUGUGCUCCCUCUUUUUGGGGCACUUUUACUUGGUUUACUCAUGUAUGGCCUCAUAGCUUAUCAACGACAAAAGAAAAUAUCUCCACGGCAACCAUUGGACGAAGAAGGUGAUGAUUCCUUCUCAAUAUUAAGUUUUGAUGGAAGAGUAGUGUAUGAUGAAGUCUUGAAAGCAACAAAUGACUUUGAUGAUACAUAUUGUAUUGGGACUGGAGGAUAUGGUGUUGUAUACAAAGCCGAACUACAACCUAACAAUGUAGUAGCUGUCAAGAAACUUCACUCAUCAUCUGGUAAUGUUGAUCGUAUGGGUUUCCUUAAUGAGGUACGAGCAUUAACGAACAUAAGGCAUCGAAACAUUGUGAAACUCUAUGGAUAUUGUUCCCAUGCCCUCCACUCAUUUUUGAUUUACGAAUAUCUUGAAAAGGGAAGCAUUGGAUCAAUAUUAAGUAGUGAUAUCUUGGCAAAGGAAUUGGAUUGGUUGAAAAGGAUCAAUAUUGUAAAGGCCGUAGCUAAUGGUUUGGCAUAUAUGCAUCAUGAUUGUUCACCUGCUAUCAUUCAUAGAGACAUUUCGAUAGCCAACAUCCUACUCGAUUCUGAAUACGAGGCACAUAUUUCUGACUUUGGCACAUCCAAGCUUCUAAAGCUAGACUCAUCCAACUGGACCGCAGUUGCAGGCACCUAUGGUUAUAUCGCGCCAGAGCUCGCUUAUACGAUGGUGGCCACCGAGAAAUGCGAUGUAUAUAGCUUUGGAGUUGUUGCACUAGAAGUGAUAAUGGGAAAGCAUCCUGGAGAACUCAUUACAUCUUUGCCAACAUUGGCUGCUGAUUAUCUAUUGCCAGCAAAUGUGGGAGAUCCUCGGCUACUGCCUCCAUCAUCAAUAGUUGAGAAACAAGUUAAGUUAGUUCUGAGUGUCUCAAGAGCAUGUUUGAACUCCAACCCACAUACAAGGCCAACAAUGCGCCAAGUUUCAAAUCUGCUAAUGGAGAAUUGACUUUAAAUUUUCAUAUCUCGUGUAUUACUUUCAAUAUUUUACUUUUCAGAAGUUUCCUAUGAUGCAUACUGAUAAUAUGUACUCAAUAAAUGCCUUCUCGUGAAGCAACAUUUCAUAUGUUUUCUUAUAGCAUUAUGUAGUAAUAUAACAAAUAAGUCAAUAAAGAUUUCUAUCCUUCUAGAGAUUCACCAAUAGAAAAUCAUGUAGU